UUCGACCCCGACGCCGGCACGGACCAGGAGCGCGCCAAGGUGGAGCAGCUUCGCCGGGAGUUCUCGGAGAACCGCUUCCGAAGGAGGGAAUCGCAGGACCUGCUCAUGCGCAUGCAGUUGCUCGUGCCUAUGACUUGGCUGCGUCGGAGUCGAACAUUGCCGCCGCACCGAGCUCUUGGUGCGCACGUCAAGAAGCUUGGCCCGUGCGGCAAUAAAGCUGAGUCCGUGGCCCUAUCGUCAAAAACAGACGUCCGCUCAGGGUCCCCGUCUCCGCGGCGGCGUCUCCUGUUCCUGCCCUCCGGCGCUGUCGCCGAGGUGCGAGGUGCCCACCCCACGCAACCCUCCCGCACGCCGGCGCGGCAACGUAUUGACCCUGACAGCCACUCCACGCCUUCCGGCGUGUUGUCAAAGAGGCAAUUACGUGUUGGCUAUCUACCACCUCGGCCUUGUCGCCCCGUCGCCGUACGGCAUCGGCCCUAGUCUGCCCAGCAGUUCACGGGACUAGAUCAUCUGCGCGCGGAUAUGCCCGCGGCCGUGAAGCUGGAGGACGGCGACGAAGUAACGGAAGAAAUUCUUCAGGAGUCGCUAAGACGAGCGCUCGGUUGGAUGUCAGAUCUCCAAGCUGAAGAUGGCCACUGGCCAGGUGAUUUCAGUGGGAUCAUGUACCUGCUGCCUUUCUGGAUUUUCGCGCUGCACAUCAUAGGAUCAAUCGAUGAUGUACUGUCCAAAGAGCACAUUCGUGAGAUAUGCCGCCAUAUCUACAACCAUCAGAACGAGGACGGCGGCUGGGGCUUCAACGUUUUGGACGAGAGUGCCAUGUUUGGCACAUGCUUAAACUACGUCACUUUGAGGCUCCUCGGGCAAGUGCAAAAGGAUGAGAAUGAUGGACUAGCAAAAGGCCGCGCAUGGAUAUUGUCCCAUGGCACUGCAACUGCAGCGCCACAAUGGGCAAAGAUAUUACUCUCGGUCCUAGGUGUAUAUGAUUGGUCCGGAAAUCGUCCAGUGAUCCCUGAACUUUGGUUGGUCCCACGGUUUCUCCCAAUUCAUCCAGGACGAUUUUGGUGCUUCACAAGGAUUACUUACAUGUCAAUAGCUUUCCUAUAUGCUAAGAGAGUUGUUGGUCCAGUUACACCAAUCAUCUUGGCAUUGAGGAACGAACUGUACAGUUCCCCUUAUGGUGAGAUUGAUUGGGAUAAGGCUCGCAACUCUUGUGCCAAGGAGGACAUGCGCUACCGACCCUCAGCAGUGUACAAAGCUAUUUCAAAUUGUUUGCACAAGUUUGUGGAGCCAGUCUUGAACAGUUGGCCGAUGAACAAGCUAAGAGAGAGAGCUUUGAAUCACAUAUUGCAACAUAUCCAUUACGAAGAUGAAACUACUCAAUACAUUGGCCUAUGUCCUGUUACAAAGGCGCUGAAUAUGAUUUGUUGUUGGGUGGAAAAUCCAAAUUCAGAUGUACUCAAACGGCAUCUUCCAAGGAUACAUGAUUAUUUGUGGAUUGCUGAAGAUGGCAUGAAGACCAAAAUAUAUGAUGGUACCCAGAACUGGGAGAUAGCACUUAUAGUUCAGGCCUUCUUAUCAACAGACAUUAUAGAUGAAUGUGGGCCAACAAUUGAUAAGGCCCUCAGAUAUAUUAAGAAAGCACAAGUUAUUCAAAAUCCUCCUGGCAACCCAAAAUAUUGGUUUCGGCAUAGAUCAAAAGGUUCCUGGACACUUUCAACUGUAGAUAACAGCUGGGCUUCAACUGAUAGUUCUGCUGAAGUAAUUAAGGCUGUAUUGUUGGUAUCAAAGCUGUCUCCUAGCCUUGUUGGGAACUUAACAGACGAAUGGAUAUUCGAUGCUAUUGAUUGCCUUCUUACCUUCAGGGUAUGCUCUUCUCAAAAUAAAGACGGUUCAUUCUCUUCAUUUGAGUGCCAAAGAACUUAUUCCUGGCUAGAGAUUUUGAAUCCAUUGGAGAGUUUCCGGAAUCUUAUCGUCGAUCACCCGACAGUUGAAUGUACUUCAUCAAUAAUACAGGCUCUGUUAAUGUUUGGGGAGAGUUAUCCAGGGUACCGCAGUGAACAGAUAAGAGAAUAUGUCAACAAAGCUGCCAUAUAUAUUGAGAAUAAUCAAAAGAACGACGGAUCCUGGUAUGGCACAUGGGGCAUAUGUUUUAUCUAUGGGACACUCUUUGCACUAAAAGGCUUAGUUGCUGCUGGGGGAACUUACGAGAACAGUGUUUGCAUCAGGAAAGCAUGCAACUUUCUGCUGUCAGCACAGCUGAAAACAGGGGGCUGGGGGGAAAGCUAUCUUUCUUGUGAACGUGAGGUUUAUGUAGAGGGUAAUCAUACCCAUGCUGUGAGCACCGCUUGGGCAAUGCUAGGAUUGAUUUCUGCUGGGCAGAUGGAACGUGAUCAAACACCAUUACAUCGUGCCGCAAAAGUAUUAAUUAAUAUGCAGUUGGAGACAGGCGAUUAUCCUCAGCAAAUUUCGAAGUUCUGUAGAAACUUUUGGAGAUGUUGGAGCACGAACUUGCUGGUUCAGAAGGCAAUCGAGGUCAUUCAGAAAAGAACAGAGACGAGCAGAGCAGAUAAGAUCGAGACUUGAGCAGUGCCACGAGCCGGCGAGAGGAAGCGCCAGCAGCAGAGAGGCAAGCAGGAGGUGGAGGGCGCGAAGACGGUGAAGAAAUCAAAUAAGUACUGCCUGUGGGCGUCGUCUUUUUCCUCCCGUUUCCGACCCUUGUUUCCUCUUCUCGGCAUGAACUCUCUCGCCGCCAAAUUCGUCGUCGACGAGCCAUCCCUACCCAAUUCCUAACACAGACGACCUCACCACACCACCAGCGACCCAAUUGAGCCGCUCCCGAGCCGAAACCAUGGCCGCAGGUGCCAAUUCGCCAUCAUCUUCUUCCUGCGUGCGCCGCCGGCCAUUCAUCGCCUCCGACAAGCUUCUGCCGCCGUCCAGCCGUCCCAGAUCGAUUCCUCCUGCCCAAGGCUGCGCAAGAUCACCAGAAACGUGUUCCCCAACUCCCCAAGCAGCCCCAGCCCUUGUUUUCGCCGGAAUCUGGCCAUCUUUUCCAUCCCGAGCGCCGCCGUCGAUCUUCCUCGGUGAGCUUGGUCCUCGGGGCUUUUCCAGCGCCUCUGGUGUAGCGUGUAGGCUCGAGUGUGUGCGUCUGGUGCUAGUGAGGCUGCUGGCUGGUCAAGCGUGGCUCUGUGAGGGCCAGAACGCCGCCCCGACGCCGUGCGCCGCCGUGCCAUGGGUGCUGUCACAACCCAAAUGUUAUAAUUAAUAUGUAACUAGUUGCAUCAUGAGCAUCAUUAGUGCAUAACAUCCCAUCAUAUGCAUGUGAUGACAUGUGUUUGGAAUUGUUUUUGCUUGUGCAAAUUAAUGAUUGUUAAGGAAAUUCAAUUUUGGCUUUGCAACUAUGCAUCCAAAUGUUUGAUUCAAAUACUAGAUAUAAGAUGGUGAAUUUAAAAUAUUUUUGCUCAAUUUAAUACACACCAUAAGAAGUAAGAUAAGAGGUAAGAUCAAUGCCAACUUAUUAAAAAUCAUGGUAGGAACAUCCGGUUGUGCUUAUUGUAUAAGCUAGAAAUGCAACGUUGCACCAACACCUGGUUAACAACUUAAGCCCAGACUUUGCUCAGGAUGAGCAAAGCCCUAGCUUAGGGGUGUUGUUGACGGUCCUUAAGUGCAAAAUAUGACUGUCAACUACACUCACAAAUAAAGAAAAAUCCUACCUCUUACUCAUAUAUUUGUAUCACUAAUCUAGCUCCACAGUUAUUUUGUCUAUCAAGCAAUUUCAAGAAAGCAAGUCCAGAAUAAGAAUAAAACAUGCAGAAGAUGCAACAGAAACACACAGAAGAUCGUAUCCUGCAUCACACUUACAAGAAGGGCCCACCUGGAAGACCAAACGGAUGCGCCAAGACACAAAUCACCAAGGAUCAUCGCUAGGGCCCACAUGUCAGCUAGCCAGAGCAAGGCAGAGCCGGGGAGGCUCCACCUGGGGUCGUCCAAACCCCUGGGUUGGCCAAACCUAGAUGGACUCCCGUCCAGGUGCAUUUUGAUGUGGAGUACCCCCUAUGCUUCCUCAAGACCGUGGCUAAGGUUUCCAAACAUAAAGAUAGCGGGAACCGUCCUUGGAGCCUAUAAAGGAGGCCUUUCCCACCCUUAUUAUCAAACACCACACAUUGGAAGCCUCUCUCCCUCUCUCACUUUAUGACAUGUACUCCAUAGGGUAGUGGAGCUAGGCUAGAACUUCUCUUUAGCGAAUCUAGUCGUCCUUGAGGCCGUUAAGCAAUCCUCUCCCUCCGGUAUGGCUUUGUAUUUGACUUGUUAGUAUCCUAUUCGUAAUGCAGAGCUUAGUCA